AUGUUGAUUUUAUUUUCAAUUAUCGUUGCUCUGCUGCUGCUGUUGGAUUUUAUUAAAAAGCAUCAACUAAAUCAAUCUUCCUGUGCAAUCCCAACGCUGCAUCCAUGCUAUCCCUUGCUGGGAAACUCCCUGUUGUUGCUAGGAAAAAGCGAGCAAAAACGGUUCGAAAACGUCAGCGAUGUGCAUAGAAAAACAAGCCGCAUUCAAAAGUGCUGGAUUGGUCCACAGCUUAUUUAUGCCGUUGCACAUCCCGAUUUAAUCCAGAGGAUUCUGACCGAUCCAAACUGCUGUGAGAAGCCAUUCUUCUAUGACUUUGUCAACCUGAAGCAUGGUUUGUUUUCCGCAAAAUAUAAAUUAUGGAAACCUUACCGAAAAUCUUUGAACUCGGCAUUCAAUGCAAAAAUUCUCCAAAGUUUCGUUCCGAUUUUUGAGAAGUGUUCUCGCGAAAUGAUAUCAAGGAUGAAGCCCCACAGCCGAGGAGCUCCGGUGGAUAUUUUACAGUUCACUUCCGAGUGCACGCUGGAGAUGGUUUGUCAAACAACACUGGGAACCGAAGCGCUGGAAAGAGAGGAAAAAUCAGAGUUUUUGAGCAACUUACGGAUAUUGUUCAGCAGAGUUGCCACCCGUAUAAUCAGCUUUGAGUUGUACAGUGAUAUGAUUUAUAAGCUUACUAGCGGUUACUAUGAAGAGAAGCGUGCUCGAAAGUACUGUUUGGAUUAUGCCUAUCAGAUUAUCGCAGAAAGACAAUCUAACCUGCGCCGUCAACCUAGCAGCGAGGACUCCGAGGAUGGAUACGAAAGCAGAGCUCCUAAAAUAUUUAUCGACCAGGUUCUUUCGAUGGUCGACUUUGAGACAGAGUUCAAUGUUCAAAACUUGAGCGAGCAGAUUCUCACUAUUUUAGCAGCCGGUCACGAUACAUCCGCCCAGAUGGUUGCGCACACUUGUCUCUUCCUGGCAAUGUUUCCGGAAUGGCAGGAGCAAAUUGCAACCGAAAUACAAACCCUGCUGCCAUCCGCUGAUGUUGAACUAAACCCGGAACUGCUACGACAACUGACGGUUUUGGAAAAAUUUCUCAAAGAAAGCAUGCGUUUAGCUCCCGUUGGCCCGAUAAUCGCUCGCACCAACCUGGCAGACAUCGAACUGGACGGUGUUCUCAUUCCCAGGGGAAACGUUUUUCUGUUCAAUUUCUAUACGCUACACCGCCGGAAGGACUUCUGGGGACCGGAUGCGGAGCAGUUUAAUCCGGAAAAUUUCACACCACAGCAGACGAAGCAACGACACCCGUUCGCUUAUCUGCCGUUUAGUGGCGGGUCUAGAAAUUGUAUCGGUGCCCGGUAUGCCAUGUAUAGUACGAAAAUAAUGUUGGUUCAUAUUGUUAGAAACUUUCGGCUGAGUACGGAUAUUAAAUUCGAGAAUUUGCGGUACUUGUUGGACAUUACGCUAAACCUGGCCUUCGAGCAUCUUAUCAAAUUGAAGUUGAGAGAAUGA